AUGGAUAAAUGUGGAAUUUGUUUGAAACCUGCACAGCAACUCUUUGAAACGGGUACUGAUUCUGUGUAUGCCUGUUUCAAAUGUCAACCUCUUGUCCCUGAAGUGACAUUAGAUGACAGUGAUCCUAGUACUGCUGAGCAGUCUUCUAAUAAUGAGGAGGAGCAAACCAAUCACAAAUAUAAAUGUAAUGUAUGCCAUAAGUCAUUCCAGAAAAAUAUGCAGUUGCAAAAUCAUAUGCGGAAUCAUCGUGCAGAGAGGCGAUUUGUCUGCACUUUCUGUAAUAAAGCGUUCUCCCAAUCAAACAAUUUGCGCGCUCAUUUGCGUAUCCACACCAAUGAACGACCUUACAAGUGCCAGGAGUGCGGCAAAGCUUUUACUCAAGUAACAAACCUCAACAACCAUGUCCGCCUGCACACCGGAGAAAGGCCCUUUGUGUGUCCCGAACCUGGCUGCGACAAGGCCUAUGCACAGGUGACAAAUUUAAACCAACAUCGCAAGCGUCAUUUGUCUGGCCGCCCCUUAGAGACGUCGUACCAAUGUCCGAUGUGUGGCCAGAGCUUUGCGCAAAGGAAUCAUAUGUACACGCAUAGACGCGAAGCCCAUUCGACGUUGAAGAGCCCGGUGCGGGUUCGGUUCCCAUGCUCCAUGUGCGACGUGAAGCUGCCUUCCGAGAGACUUUUGCAGGUCCACAUGGCCAGACACCACCAGGAGGAUGAAGAAGAACAGAUGCAAUACAAGUGCGUGUUCGCAUCUUGUGGGGCGAUAGUGGGAUCUCCCCGCGAGCACACCGAGCACUUGUUACGAGCGCAUCAGUUGCGCGUCCUCGCCACUCGUGCGCAGUCCCCACCCAAGAGGGGUCGACCGCCUAAGAUGAAGGACCCUCUGGAACUAGAUGACGACGACCAAUCAGAAUUCGAGGUUCCAAUCAUAAAAGAGGAGCCUCAGUACAUCCCCAAGUUAAAAGUUCAAAGUUUAUUUCAGUGA